AUGUCGUACUACCCCGGCCAAGGCUACCAUAACCAGGGAGGCUACAAUCAAGGAGCCCCCCACCACAGCAGCAGCAGCAGUACGGCGGCUAUCCUCCCCAGCAAUAUCCGUCACCCACCCCAACAAGGCUACGGUGGUUACUCACAACCACCCCCUCAACCUCAGUACGGAAACUACGGCGGUCCUCCGCAGCAACAACAAUACGGCGGAUACCAGCAACCUCCUCCGCCGCAGCAGCAACAAUAUGGUGGCUACUCACAACCGCCCCCUCAGCACUAUGCUCCUCAACAAAGCCUGCCCAGCGGCCAAAACAUCUACCAACAGCACAACCUCCGUCAAGGCGCCCCUCCACCUCCGCCACAGGGCAUGCAAACCUUUGGCAGCGGCGCCCCCAAUGGCUACUCGUUCCAAUACUCCAACUGCACUGGCAAGCGCAAGGCCCUCCUAAUCGGCAUCAACUACUUUGGCCAGAAGGGCCAGCUCCGAGGUUGCAUCAACGAUGUUAAGAACAUGUCAAACUACCUGAUGGAGGCCUUUGGUUACAAGCGCGAGGACAUGGUCACCUUGACCGACGAUCAGCAGAAUCCCAUGAGCCAGCCUACCAAGCAGAACAUCUUGCGCGCCAUGCACUGGCUCGUCAAGGACGCCCAGCCCAACGACUCGCUCUUCUUCCACUACUCUGGUCACGGCGGCCAGACAGAAGAUCUCGACGGUGACGAGGAAGACGGCUAUGACGAAGUCAUCUACCCUGUCGACUUCCGCCAAGCAGGCCACAUUGUUGACGAUGAGAUGCACUUCAUCAUGGUCAAGAAUCUCGUUCCCGGUGUGCGCCUGACUGCCAUCUUCGACUCGUGUCAUUCCGGUUCCGCUUUGGACCUUCCAUAUAUUUACUCCACCCAAGGUGUACUCAAGGAGCCCAACCUCGCCAAAGAAGCCGGUCAAGGCCUGCUGGGCAUUGUCAGCAGCUAUGCACGUGGCGACCUUGGAGGUAUGGCGAGCACUGCUAUGGGCUUGUUCAAGAAGGUCACCAAAGGUAACGACAGCUACGAACAAAACAAGCGCACAAAGACUUCUCCUGGAGAUGUCAUCAUGUGGAGUGGCAGCAAGGAUGACCAGACCUCAGCCGAUGCUUCCAUCGCUGGUCAAGCCACUGGUGCCAUGUCUUGGGCCUUCAUUGGCGCUCUGAGAAAGAACCCACAGCAAAGCUACGUCCAACUGCUGAACAGUAUCCGUGACGAGCUUGAAGGAAAAUACUCACAGAAGCCUCAAUUGAGUGCAAGUCACCCUAUUGAUACGAACCUGCUCUAUGUCAUGUAA